AUGGUUAAAAAAGUUUCGAAGCAUUCGAGAGCGUCUCGUAGACGUGAAGCCGAGGAUAUGGAGGCACAGACGCUAGCACAACUUCCGCGCGCGCAGAAUUUGGAUUUGACCAACAAACUCAUUAGAACUGCUUCAAAGAAUGAACAGCUUCUUGAAGCUAAGAUGAAAAAGAAGGACAAAACUGGUAGCAAAAUCGCCAAAAAAACCACCAAAAAAAGCGUCCUGGAUACCUUGGACAGCCAAGGAAUCGAGAGAGCUUUGAAUAUUUCCAGUAGACUAGACGGGAAAGUUGAUAAAGCGAAAACGAGAGCCAAGUACGUCCAAGCAGCCCGGAAAGCAGGCUGGGAUAGUACUAAUGAAAGUAUCAGAAGAGAUCUGGCGAAGUUGGUCGGCAGGGACAUCUCCGCUUCAGCAAACAAAGAGAAGGAUGAUGCGGAGAAAGAGCCCACAGAAGAAGAAUCCGACAUUAUGGCGGAUGAGGUGCAUGAAGAAGAGCCCGAGGUGCCUUCUAAACCUGCCCAGACUAACAUGUUCGGCCUAUUAACGGAUGAUGUAGAGGCAUGA